GUGAAAAACUUCAGCAGCACUUUGUGUUUGGAAAACCGGCUUAAAAACGGACAUAUCGCGCUGACAAGUAAGACAAGAUGUGGAAGUCAGUCGUGGGCCACAAUGUGAGCGUGAAGGUGGCUGCAGAGGGGGACGACUGGGAGACAGACCCUGACUUUGAGAACGACGUAUCAGAGCAGGAGCAGCGGUGGGGAGCCAAGACCAUCGAGGGCUCAGGCCGUAAAGAACACAUCAGUGUUGCAGAGCUCAGAAGCAAGGUGGCCGUGGAGCAUGAGCAGGUGAAGCAGAAAGAGCACACUCCCAAAGCAUCCUACGGAUAUGGAGGGAAGUUUGGGGUGGAGAAGGACCGAAUGGACAAGGUGGCUAUGGGUCAUGACUAUGUGGCACAGGUCGAGCAGCACUCUUCCCAGAAGGAUGCGGCACAAGGGUUUGGCGGGAAAUUUGGAGUUCAGAAAGACCGUGUGGAUAAGUCUGCCAUGGGCUUUGAAUACAAAGGGGACGUGCAGCAACAUGCGUCUCAAAAGGAUUACUCUAAGGGAUUUGGAGGAAAGUACGGGGUGGAGAGGGAAAAAGUCGACAAGGCCGCUUUGGGAUACGAUUAUAAAGGAGAAACCGAAAAGCAUCAGUCACAGAAAGAUUAUUCAAAGGGAUUUGGAGGGAAGUUUGGCGUUGAGAAGGAGAAAGUAGAUAAAGCAGCCCUGGGCUAUGAUUAUAAGGGUGAGACAGAGAAACAUCAGUCACAAAAAGACUAUUCAGCAGGUUUUGGUGGUCGCUAUGGAGUACAGAAAGAUCGCAUGGAUAAGAGUGCUGCUGGCUUCUCAGAUAUGGACUCCCCUACUUCUGCUUAUGAAAAGACGCAACCAUUGGAGGCCUCAAGUGCAGGUGCAGGAAAACUGAAGGCACGUUUUGAGACCAUGGCCAAGGCUUCAGAUGAAGAAAAUAGGAAGAGGGUAGAAGAAGAAAGAGCGAGGAGACAGGCCAGAGAGAAGAGAGAGCGAGAGGAGGCCAAACGCAGACAGGAGGAACAGAGCAGCAGAGAGGAAGAAAGUUGUCCACCACCUGUUCCAGAUGUGGCUCCAGUGCACAACAUGCCACCUCCAGAAAUACACCAGCAGGUUCCAGAGAGACAAGAAACACCUGAACCAGAGCCAGAGCCAGAGCUAGAGGAUGAACCGGAGUAUGACGAGCCCCCGGCCUUGCCUCCACGCACAGAAGACUUCCUUGAACUGGAUGCCCCACCACCCCUACCUCAAAGGUCACCCGAGGUGGACGAGGAUGAAGGAGAGUACGAGGACCUUGCUGAACCACCUCCUCUUCCUCCACAGACAGCUGUGGACAACGACUAUGAAGACCUGAUGUGUGGCCAGAAGGCAGUGGCCAUUUACGACUAUCAGGGAGAGGCGGAUGAUGAGAUUUCCUUCAACCCAGAUGAUGUGAUCACCAACAUAGAGAUGAUAGAUGAAGGCUGGUGGAAGGGACAGUGUCACGGACGCAUCGGUCUGUUCCCGGCUGCUUACGUUCAGCUGAUGGAGUGAGCGACAUGCUCAGGCAGUGGGGUUUUUUUUGUUUUUGCACAAGCUUCCCUUAAACAAUCUCAGGUUUCUUUGGUUGUUCAACAGAAGGAAUUUAGCACUGUAUUUAUACAUUUGUAAAACACAACAAACUUGCUGUGACUUCUGAUCAGCUGGUUUCAAUCCUUUUACUGUAGUUGUAGUUUGACCACAAAUCUAUGUUAACGGCAAGGAGUUACAUUUUGUAUCUGCAAUAAACCGAUAGGAGAAAAUAUAAUAUUCCACAGGCAGGCUUCUUUGUGUUGUUUGUAUGGUAACAUCUUUUAUUACUGUUCAUUUCUCAUCAAUGUCAACUUACAGUAACUUUAGGGCAGUUAUCAUUUAUCAGCUUUCAUUUGUAUUUAAUCAUGAUCAUAUGUGACUUGAAGCACCGUGUGGUUAAAAACUGGAAAAAAAAAAAAAAAAGUCAUACUUCAUCUUAAACACAGUUGAUUCAAUAAUGAUUUUGUGUACACCUUCUAUAUCAUGGUAUAUGCAUUAAAAUGGGGGACAUGCAA